GUUCUUCAAAGUAUUAACAUCGACGAAGUGCUUUGCUGAGUGACUGUUCCACCUGAAAUAAUAUAAUAUUUUUGCAACUUUAUAAUUUUUCAUAUAAUUUCAAUAAUUUCGAAAUAAAUUAUUGUAAAUACGUUAUCCUUCAGAAUGUCUAUGCAAAGAGAUACACGGGAUGUUCAAAAUUUCAACGAAUUAAAAACGAUACGAGCGAUUUUCAAGGAUUUUUGCUCAAAUAGCUCAAUACAUGGCGUCCGCUAUCUCACCGAACGACGACGACACUGGAGUGAAAGACUCUGGUGGAUUGUUGCAUUUAGUUUGUCCGUGUAUUUUUGCGUUUCUUCCAUUCACAGUAUUCUAAUUAAUUGGAGUGAAAAUUCAGUGAACAUGAUUAUGGCUGAGAAAAAUGCUAUGGUUUCUACAAUUCCAUUCCCGACUGUCACAAUUUGUGUGAAACCGAAAAUUCACCUAGCUAACCUGAAUAUGACAAAAGAGGAGGACUUUUGGAAAAAACCCUUUUCUGAAAAACGUUUAACACAAAUGGAGGCUGUGGGUAUGAUCUGUGAUUUUCCCACCAAGAAAAGAUCCAAUUUUACAGACGAUUCAAUUUAUGAUACGUUUCAAGAAAUCGCACCAGAUUUAAGUGACGUGGUGUUUUGGUGUACAUGGAGAGGAGCAAACUUCUGCGUUUUUUCAUUGAGUACAGUUAUUACUGCUGAAGGUGUUUGCUUCGCUUUCAACGCUUUGAACUCAAAUGAGAUUUACACCGAAGAAAUGGCACCCGGAAUGAUGAUCGUCGAUAACAAUCCAAAUGUAACAUAUUGGAGUCCAGAAGGUGGAUAUUACGAUGAAACAAACAAGGAAUACUACCCGAAUCGAAUAUUCAAUGCAAUGCCAGGUGGUGCAUUAAACAUUGACUUUCAUCUCUCGAAUCAAGAUUUGGAAGGUACUUGUCCGUACAUCAAAUCCGCGUACCGAAUAUUUCUCCACAUGCCAGGCGAAGUACCCAAUAUGUCACGGAAUGUCAUUCAAGUGGCACCAUCAGAGAUCGCAGAAUUCUCGAUAAAGGCCACAUAUACCACAACAUCUGAGGGAUUACGCUCAUAUGAGCCAAGUCGUCGCCAGUGUUUUUUUGAUUCCGAUAGGCAGUUACGUUUUUUCAAGUUUUACACCCAAAAUAACUGCAUAGAAGAGUGCCUGGCGAAUUUUACGAAACAAGAAUGUGGAUGUGCCAGAUUCUUUAUGCCAAGAGAAAGACACACCGAGAUCUGUGGUGGUGCAAAGGCCAACUGUUAUUUAACUGCAAGAGAAAAGCUAUUUGGUGAAGAUGUGGUCGAGGGUUUAGAAGAUGAAAAUGCCAAAUCUUUUCGCAAAAACUGUCAAUGUUUACCAUCAUGCACUUCUAUUACAUAUGAUGUGGUUGAUCGAACUCAAACUUUUAAUCAACUCACCAGAACAGAGCGUGCCCAAGACACCGAAGUUAUGAUUUACUUCAAAUCACACGACAUAGUGACGCUAAAACGAACUGAAGCCUAUACGGUCACUCGAAUUCUGGCAAUUUGUGGUGGGUUACUUGGAUUAUUCUUGGGUGUUUCAGCCCUGAGUGUUAUCGAGUUUUUUUACUACUUCACACUGCGACUAUUUUGCAACGUUCACCGAUGGAAAUUGAGCCGAGUGAUGCCAUUCAAACGGAAAUUUGUACGUGAAGUGUCAAAUAAUACAUUAAGCGUGUGAAAUACGAAGAGGAUUUUACUUUAAAAAUUACUGUAUGUGCUGUUAGUUUGCUAGAAAGAAUAUUUUUGUAAACAAAUGAAAAAAUACCAAUAAAUAGGAUAUAUAAUUA